AUGGCGUAUAAUGGAGGAUAUGGGGUUGAUCCCUACGGUGGCAGGCCACCUCCGCGACGAGAAGGCCACCGGGGUCCUCCCGCACCACAGCAGUAUGGAGCACCACAGCAUUAUGAUGGCUAUGGCGAUGGCUACGAUUACGAAGGCAACGCUGGUGGCUACUCUGGACCGGAUUAUGGGGGCUCCUAUGCCCAGCAACCCGACUACGGACGAGGUCAACCCCCACCACAACAAUAUCCUCAAGAUCCCUAUGCGCCAGCGCCUGCGCGGGGAGCACGAGUGCCAGACGGCAGAGGCGGGCAGUAUCCUCCCAGAGGAAGGGGAGGUCCAGCCCCCAAUCGUGGCGGGCGUCCACCGGUGCCUCAUGGCCAGCCAGGCCCAGGCGGUCGCCGUAACCACGAGCCACCCAUCAAUACCCGAGGUGCCGACUAUGGAGACCCCUACGGCCGGAGACCCGAUAUGGAGCAGCAAAUGGCUGCCCAGAUGUCGAGUAUGGAUCUGAAUGGACGGCACCCGAGUCUCUCUCAAGCACCACGUCAAAGCGGCGAGAGCCAAAGAAGCCAAGGUAGCUACGGGCGAGGCCAAGACCCUCGCGGUCAGGCAUUCGAAGGGCGGAGAGGGCCGCCUGUUGCGCCUGAGCAAAAUGGCUACUCGGGAUAUGAUGAUGGGCACGGUAGACGACCGCCGCCCCAAAGGCCUGGGCAUGAGUUCGCCCCUCCCGCGCGAAGUAUGACGAUGCCUAACGAUAGUGGCCCGAGAUACGACCUUUCCCCGCAAAGGAUGAAUUCAAUGACUUACGAUGACCGCCCUUCAACAGCUGCAGGGCCUCACAACCCUCACCAGAUGUAUCCGCAGGACAAUCAAGGGUACGACUACAACUCAUACAGUGGAGGCGGGGGUUAUGACGGCAAUCAAGGAUACGCGCAGCAGCCUUCCAGGGCCUCCUUUGGUGAUGCUCAUGAUGAGUACCAACGCAAUGGUGGGCAACAGGGGUACCAGGCCUAUGGAGCCCACGCAAAAGGACCAAGUGAGUCCAGUCUUCCGAAUUUCGAAAUGAUCGCACCGGCAACUCGAGGUUCGUUUGAGCAAACCAUGAGGCCGGGACCUGAGCCUAUGCGACCAGUCCCUGAGAACAUACGCCCUGGUCCCGAGAUGCCACAGCCGGGCGCCCAUCAGACAGCCAAACUCAACCAUGCAAAGUCCCAGCCUGACCUGCGUCAACCACAGACGGCCAUCUUCGAGAUGGCUGGCGACAUCCCUUCGGUGCCUCCAAUACCACCUACAAAUGCGCUGCCACCACAAGUACAGCCGCAUCAAGGCUACGGCGCUGCUCCAAUGGGGCAUGAGCGGAUGCCUCGACGGGGCCCGAGUGCACCUCCCGGGCCAGUGAAUAUACCGGCACCGAAGCAGAUGGGCCCAUCGCCAGCUAGGUCGGAGCCUCCAAUCCCCCCGCCUGCAAGCCAGAAUCCAGACGCUCUGCCAUCGCAUCCUACGCCAGUCCGAGCUGGGCUCAUGGCGAACUCCAUGGUAUCCCUGAAUGAGAAACCGCCUCCUGUGCGAAACUACGCCGGUGUGCCGCAGGCGCAACCUCAGCUUCAGCAGCGGCCGCAGCCUCAACAGGAGCAGGGGCAAGCCCAGGCCCCGGCGCCUCUAAGUACGAGACCCGUUGAGCCACCUGUGACGCCGCAAGAGCUCGAGCAUCUCCGUAUGGUAAUCAAGAACAAUCCGAACGAUCAAGCCUCCGCUCUUCGCUUGGCCAAGAAGCUGAUCGAGGCGGCUGAUGUACUCCUGCCGAACGUGCCAGACCCAAAGGCUAGGGGAAGGGCCCGCGAGCGCUACGUUAUGGACGCGCACAAGAUCCUGAAGAAGCUGUCUAAUGCACAGAACGUGGACGCCAUGUUCACAAUGGCAGACGCCUACGGGCGAGGCCUCUUUGGAGGCGACUCCGACGCCAAGGAAGCAUUCACGCUAUACCAAUCGGCAGCCAAGCUGGGCCAUGCCUCGGCCGCAUACCGUACAGCGGUAUGCUGUGAGAUUGGCCACGAGGAAGGCGGCGGUACACGGAAGGACCCUAUGAAGGCCAUUCAGUGGUACAAGCGCGCCGCCUCACUGGGCGACACUCCUGCGAUGUACAAGGUUGGAAUGAUUCAGCUCAAUGGACUGCUGGGUCAGCCUAGGAACCCGCGGGAGGCGGUGGGCUGGUUGAAGCGUGCGGCUGAGCGAGCGGACUCGGAGAAUCCCCACGCACUGCACGAGCUGGGUCUCCUGUACGAAUCGGCUCGGCCCAACGAUACCAUCAUCCGAGACGAGCGAUACGCCGCCAGCCUCUUUCAGCAAGCAGCCGAUCUGGGAUACAAGUUCUCGCAGUUCCGCCUCGGGCAGGCGUACGAGUAUGGAUCCAUGGGGUUCCCGGUCGAUGCGCGCAUGUCUAUCAUGUGGUACUCCAAGGCGGCGCAGCGGGAGGAGCACCAGGCUGAGCUUGCUCUUAGUGGCUGGUACCUGACGGGCAGCGAUGGCGUUCUCAAACAAAGUGAUCAGGAGGCCUAUCUUUGGGCGCGCAAGGCGGCCGUCGCGGGCUUGGCCAAGGCCGAGUAUGCUAUGGGCUACUUUACCGAGGUGGGCAUUGGAGUUCCUGCGAACCUGGAGGACGCUAAGCGCUGGUACUGGCGAGCAGCUGCCCAGGACUUCCCCAAAGCCCGCGAGCGGCUCGAAGAUCUAAAGCGUGGCGGCAACAGAGCAGGCCCCCGACGAGAGCAGAUCUCUCGAAGUCGGAUUGAGAAACAAGGGGAGGGUGAAUGUAGCAUCAUGUGA